AUGGAGAUUGACAUUUCUCGUCUUUUUCUUUACGCCGUGGUAUUCCUCGUCGUAUCAUUUAUAAUAGAUGCAUUAUGUCAACCAAAAUAUCCAACAGAAAUACCAGUUCUUGGAUCUAAAGGAUGGUUUUCUAAAAUUCGCAAUAGUUUUGCCUAUUUUACAAAACAUCAAUCAUGGAUUGAUCAAGGCUACCAAAAAUAUGGCAAAAAUGGCCUUGCUUUCAUCGCCCCAGCCCCAAUCUCUCGUCCUCCAGAUGUCAUCCUUCCAAGAUCGCAAAUUCCAUGGAUGAUGGAUCAACCCGACCACAUCCUCUCAGCUGUUAAAGCACACGAUCAAAUCCUCUACACGGAAUACAAUUUUCUCGGAAACCAUCUAUCUCACGAACCUUUUGCAAGUCGAGUCGUGCAUAAAUAUUUAGCUCGACAUUUACCUUCCCUCAUAAAACCCAUUGAAGAAGAAGUCAACGCCGCAGUUGAGGAUUCUUUAAAGUUGAAACAGGAUGGAUACACGAAAGUCAACCUUUGGGAAUUGUGGAUGGCUAUUGUUCCUCGUGUAACGAAUCGGUUACUUGUUGGGGAAGAAACAUGUCGCGAUGACGUUUUUCUCCAAUCAAUGAUUCGUUUCACAGAUGAUGUUGUGAGGAAUAGCUUCCUUCUUCACGCUUUUCCCAAGAUUUUACAUCCGAUUGUUGGUCGUCUACUCACUAUUCCUAAUUAUCUACAUUGGCGCGCUGCAUCACGUCGUGUACUCCCGAUUAUCCAACAACGUCUGGAAAACAUGCGACGCAAAGAUGCAGGCGAGCUAAAAGAUUGGACUCCGCCAGAGGAUUUUAUCACCUGGGAUAUACGACUCGCAAUGGCUGAAGGCAAACCGUUUGAGCUGGAUCCAGUGGUUAUCUCGAAGCGAUUACUCCCCAUCAACUUUGCAGCAAUCCACACGACUGUUUUAACAGGCCACUCAUGGAUGCUAGACAUGCUCUCCUCACCACCAUCAGAAAACAUCCUCGAGACUCUCCUCUCGGAAAUAAACACGCACAAACCGACAACAGGGUGGACAAAACAAUCCCUAACCUCCCUCCUCCGUGUCGACUCUUCAAUUCGCGAAUCCCAACGUUUAAGCAAUUUCGCGGCAAACCUCAUCGAACGACAAGUUGUUUCUCCUACAGGUCUGCAUAAUCCAGAGUACGGAUGGACGUUGCCGAAAGGUGCGUUUGUGACGGUUAAUUUACAGGGGACGCAUCAUGAUGAGGAUAUUUAUGAGGGUGCCAUGAGUUAUGAUCCUUGGAGAUACUCAAGAGUUAGAGAGGCGUGGGAAGGAAAGAGUGAAGAGGAGAGGAAGGAUGAGGAUGGAGUGAAAGUGAGAGGGUUGGGGAUGGUUACGACGAGUGAUGCACAUCUCGCGUUUGGCCACGGACGACACGCAUGGUAA